GAAAUCUGGCGGCGACGCAGCGCCUCGAGACGCCAGAUAGAAACCGAACCGAGGCUUGAGCCCGGAUCGCGCUUUCUAACCGUAGAUUUUGUUUUUCACCUUUUCUGAUUUUCACGAAUUUUUCUUAGGCCGUUUAUACAUGGUUCUUCCCCGCGAUUAAUUCCCGCCUACUUUUAACCUAGGACUAUGAGAGGAAAAAUAUGAAUGUCCCCUGGGAAUUCUUUGUUGUGAAUUAUCGGAGUAAAUUAGGGUUAGGACGGAGCAUAAACUUGGUUUUAGGGAGAAUGGCAGGGAACGCGGGGAGUUUAGUUGCGGUUCGGUUUCUCUCGUUCCUCAUUCUUGCCGUUCCUUAUUCCGAUGACGUUUUUCCGAUACGAAAUGCGACGACGAUUGUCCUUAAUUGGACACCACUUGCUUUUGGGAGCGGCUUUAUGAUCGCGCGUUGCGAGUACUGACUAACCUCGACACCCAGAGCCGCCAUUUUUCUUUCGCGACGUGCUCCGCCAUCUACAAUGGCCCACGGUCGAUGGUUUCGAUAUUUCAGUUGUGGUUACAUUAAUUUAUCGCCAAAAAUGUAAUGUUAAUUGUUCGUCGCAGGCCUUUAAUUUUCAUGUCUCGGAGGAGGUGUGUGUCGGUCGCUUUAGGCUACCUUCUCAGGCAUUGAAUGCGCUCUUGUUUAACCGACUAAACUCGCCGACGAAUGACGAAAAUGUCUUCUAAGAGCGAACUGAAAAAGUUAUCAGAGGAGAGUCUAACGAGGCAACCGGAGGAAGUAUUUGACAUUAUUUGUAAGUUAGGAGAAGGGUCAUAUGGAUCGGUAUACAAAGCACUGCACAAAGAAAGUGGGCAGGUUCUUGCUAUCAAGCAAGUUCCUGUUGAUACCGACUUGCAAGAGAUUAUCAAGGAGAUUUCAAUCAUGCAGCAAUGUGACUCACCUUACGUCGUGAAAUAUUAUGGAAGUUACUUCAAAAAUACGGAUCUAUGGAUUGUAAUGGAGUAUUGUGGUGCUGGAUCUGUCAGCGAUAUCAUGAGGUUACGAAAGAAGACCCUGCAGGAAGAUGAGAUUGCCACGAUUCUCAGUGACACUUUAAAGGGCCUUGAAUACCUUCACCUCAGGCGAAAAAUUCACAGAGAUAUUAAAGCUGGCAAUAUCUUGCUUAAUAACGAGGGGCAUGCAAAGCUGGCUGAUUUUGGCGUAGCAGGCCAAUUAACGGACACCAUGGCAAAGCGUAACACAGUCAUUGGAACACCUUUCUGGAUGGCCCCAGAAGUGAUUCAAGAAAUAGGAUAUGACUGCGUAGCGGACAUAUGGUCUUUAGGUAUUACUGCAUUGGAGAUGGCGGAAGGCAAACCUCCAUAUGGUGAUAUCCAUCCUAUGAGAGCCAUUUUUAUGAUCCCGACAAAGCCACCUCCAAGCUUCAGGGAACCAGAUCAGUGGAGUUCAGAAUUCAUUGAUUUCGUCAGUGGAUGCCUUGUAAAAAAUCCAGAAGAAAGAGCAACUGCGACGGAACUACUCAAUCAUGAAUUCAUAGGUGGCAAUGCUAAACAGCCCAGUAUACUUAGUCAAAUGAUUGCCGAGGCACAUGAGAUCCGAGAGAAGCAAAGUGCCCAUAGAGCUCAUGUAAUUAACAAUGUGGCCAUUAAAGGGCAAAAUCAUGCAGAUGACUCGGAUGAAGAUGAUUGCAGUGGAACCAUGAAACCUCUUCCGGAGGACACUGGAACACUAGUUCCGAGUCAUGAUCUUCCUGACACAGGAACUUUGGUUUCGGCAAUGCUAGACCUCGGAACCAUGGUUAUAAAUAGUGAUACCGACACCGAAGCAACUAUGAAAAGGCAUAAUACUGGGUCUGUUGAAUCUGGGAAGAAGUAUCGACCAUUAUUUCUUGACCACUUUGAUAAAAAAGAAGCCACAGAAAUUGGAAAGGGAAACGGUCAGAUAUCGGGUGUGCACAAUCCUGACUCCGAUAACAAAAUGGAAAUGCAAAGUCCCACAGAGUCACAAAGGUUUCAAAGUCAUUUACAGCUACAAAUUAGUCAGAUUUCUCAUCCGGUGCAAGAACAGCCUCAUAAUAACAUAUCUAAAUUUCAAAAUGUCUUCUCUGAGCGAGAUUUUGAUUUUAUAAAAAACCAUAUCCUGCAGCUGAAGUUCCUCUCUUACGAAGAACUACAGCAACGAAUGGCCAGUUUGGACGCGGAAAUGGAAAGAGAGAUCGAUGAGCUUAGAAGGAGGUAUCAAACCAAGCGACAACCAAUUCUAGAUGCCAUGGAUACUAAACGCAAACGUCAGCAGAAUUUCUAACAGUUUAGUACUUUUUUCAAGUGAGAUAUGUGUGUGAUAGACGAAGGGUGUACAGAUGUAUAAAUGAAUAGAUUUAUUCUACGACCUCGUCCCCGGUUUGUUCAGAAAGCAUCUCAUCCUUUCUAUCGAGUCAUACCUUGGAAAUGAGAGGGAAAAAUUAAUAGCAUCAAAAACAAGCUUAUUACAACGUAGUAUCGAGAACAAACUUCUCACUUAUGAUGAAUCGAUGGAAAUUCUUUCUGCAAACCUGGGGAUUUUAGUAAUCACUAGCCAAUAGCCUGACGUCACCAAUGUAAAUUAUUUUACACGACUUAGGAAACGAGCUACGACUAUACUUAAUUUUUUUAUUACGUAGUGAUUGUUAAAUGCUAUUCUUAUAGAUGAUAUAAAUAAUAUACCUGAGUGUAGGAGACGUUUAGAGAAUAUAGCGAAGGAGAUUAAAAGUGAAUCGAGGUGUAAGUAGAGAGCCAGGAUUUUAAUCUUUUUUGAAAAUCCUCAGCAUAUAAGAGCACUUAACGAAAUUAAUGCGUUGUGUAAGUUUAUGCAACGAGCUAGUCACUUAUGGCGCCAUGUCUCCCCUUUUUUUUGUUUCUUGACGUGAGUACUGGGAUGUAUCAAAUAAAAUGUUAUUUUUCACUUUACAUUUCAGGAAACCUUUUCUGGAAUGAAUGUACAUUCUAAAAUAGUCUGGAAUGUAUUGGGUGUAGAAUUGCACUUAAAAUUCGAUCAAGAUUUUAAGAGGCUUGUUUCCAUGUCGAAGAAACUAUUUAUCGUCGUAAAGUAAUGAAUGGAUAAUUUUAUUUGAUACAUCCUAUCGAGUACACAGAUAUUUGAGGCCUUUUUGAAAGAUUCGCUCAUAUCGAAUGCACACAUUGUAAAUCGUGUCAUAUUGACAGAAGAGCUGCCGGAGUGUGUAAAGUUUGUGUAGUUAAUAUUGCGAAGAGAACACCGUUAGAGAAAUGAUUUUGCUUCCUAAUGUACUGCCAUAUAUACAUAUUUGUACAUUUUGCCUGCUAAUGACAAUUAGAAUUUAGGAGUGAUUUUCGCGUCUUACAGGAAAAUGAUUAUAUGAAAAUGAUCUUACAGGAAAAGGAUUACGUAAAGUCUGCACAAGUAUUAAAAUACGAUUUAGUUAAUUAAAUAGUAACACGGCGAGGUUUCUUUGAUGAGAUUUGUCUUCCGUGUUAGAACUCGAAAUUUCAUCCAGGACUAGUUUAGCUUUACGAAACAUGGUAUGUCUAACAAUGGGAAAAAUGACUUAUCGAGUGUAAAAACAAUUCGGUUCUUUAUUUGAGAACAAAGCAAGGUAAUUCCUGCUUCGAUAAACAAUUAGAAAAAAAUUACCUCAGCAAUAUUUGAUUAAGAAGAAUCUACUCGAAUAAGUCCGUUACGUUCUACUCGUGUAAAGAACGAUGUAGUUGCACUUAGAAAUCCUUCCUCGAAUAUUCCUAAAAAAUAAUCUAAGACGCGACAAUUGUAAAGAUUAUUUAUCUCGGUGAAGUAACGAAUAAUUAGCGAUUAAUAAUAAGAGUUAGUGUCGUUUAGAUCGAUAGCAGGUGCUACGUAUGCACCAGACAUCGAGUUUAUUCUUUGUUGACGUUUGGCUAUUUUUCCCCUUUUUUCACGUGUAAUGAAUGUAGGAACAUUUACACCUUAGAAAGCAUAUUAUACAGCCCGAACUGACAAUUAAUUUACACUCGUUCAUUUUAGAACACAUAGUCGUACAAAGUAUAACAUACAUAUUUUUGAUAUAGAACGCCGAUGCGCCACCGAUGGUACACGCGUCAGAUCUGAAUCGAGAAUUAUUUAUUAUCGACUUUGGGCUAGCAAUUUGAGAUCAAUGUAGUUAAAAAAAAAAAAGAGCGAAAAACUAAACAAUAAUAUAGCGAGGACCUACGGAAAAAGAAAAAAAGAACACAUUGCCCUAGAGUGGAUUGCCUUUGGACUUCAUUUAUUCUCCGCUGUUUGUGACUUUCUUUUUACGCGCCUCGUCGCGCUCAUAGAAGAAGUUAAUAUUAAUUAUUAAUAGUCUACUCGUUAAGUACGAAUAUACAAAUUUAUUGGUCUUAUACAUUUUUAAGAGCACAAGUUGACAGAGUCAAAACACUUUAUAGACGGUGACGCGUAGCAAGGGAAUGCGUUCUCUCGUGUGUCAUGUUAAAAGAUACAGUCGAUAUACCUCUAGAUCCGAAUCCAACUCGUGUCUUGAGAAAUAUAAACCAGUGUCAGUGAGCAAUGCUAGUAUGAGUGAGUGAUUCGGCGAGCGACCGUCGUGGACCCCGCGUUAAUCUAGUAAUUAUCGCCUGACUAACCUUAUCGCGGUUAUCAGGAAGUAACCUUUUUAUAAAACGCCGGGAUAUGUAUUUCAGAGUGACGGUAGGAAUACAAUUUUUAUUUUUUCACUAAUAAAACCUGGCUGUACAAUGUA